CUCGCGGGCCCAAUCAUUGCGGAGUAUAAAUACCCCUGCACCUUAUCCAAUUUACUAACAGCCCCUCCUCCCCUGUCCGAGGACCAUACACUCCGAUUUCGUUUCUGCUUCAAUUACUUUCAAUCGCAGAUUAUUCUUCUGGUUUUGUUAUGAGUGAUCAGAAAUCCGCAAAAGCAAUGGGGCCUACUGGAAACUUGCAGAUGAAGGUCGUGAAAGGCGAUUUUGGUUAUGUGCUCGAAGACGUGCCUCAUCUCUGCGACUACUUGUCCGAUCUUCCUACUUAUCCCAAUCCGUUGCAAUUCAAUCCGGCUUAUUCAGUUGUAAAGCAGUAUUUUGUUAAUGUGGACGAUACUGUUGCUCAAAAGAUUGUUGUCCACACGGAUAGUCCAAGAGGGACGCAUUUUCGGCGAGCAGGACCACGCCAAAAGGUGUAUUUUGACUCGGAUGAAGUUCAUGCUUGUAUUGUAACAUGUGGUGGUUUGUGCCCUGGACUCAACACGGUGAUCAGGGAAAUUGUGUGUGGACUUUAUCACAUGUAUGGCGUCAACAAAGUUCUUGGGAUAGAUGGAGGAUACAAGGGUUUCUAUGCCCGAAAUACCAUUGACUUAACACCCAAGGUUGUCAAUGACAUCCACAAACGUGGUGGUACUAUCCUUGGUACAUCACGAGGAGGACAUGAUACCUCAAAGAUUGUUGACAGCAUUCAGGAUCGUGGAAUUAAUCAGGUUUACAUAAUUGGAGGUGAUGGAACUCAAAAAGGAGCAGCUGUCAUCUAUGAGGAAAUUAGACGGCGCGGCCUCAAAGUUUCCGUUGCAGGAAUUCCUAAAACCAUAGACAAUGACAUUCCGGUUAUAGACAGAUCCUUUGGCUUUGAUACUGCAGUUGAGGAGGCUCAACGUGCCAUUAAUGCAGCUCAUGUUGAAGCUGAAAGUAUUGAGAAUGGUAUUGGUGUUGUGAAGCUAAUGGGACGCUACAGCGGUUUCAUAGCUAUGUAUGCUACACUUGCCAGCCGAGAUGUGGACUGCUGUUUGAUUCCGGAGUCCCCCUUCUAUCUUGAAGGAAGAGGUGGACUUUUCGAGUACAUAGAAAAACGACUCAAAGAAAAUGGGCAUAUGGUUAUUGUGAUAGCUGAGGGUGCGGGACAGGAUCUUCUGUCAGAGAGCUUGCAAUCCAUGAACCAGCAGGAUGCUUCAGGAAACAAGCUACUUAAAGAUGUUGGCCUAUGGAUUUCUCAGAGGAUAAAGAAUCAUUUUGGGAGACAACAAAAGAUUUCCAUCAAUCUCAAGUAUAUAGAUCCUACAUACAUGAUCCGUGCUAUUCCGAGCAAUGCAGCUGAUAAUGUCUACUGCACGCUCCUUGCUCAAAGUGCUGUUCAUGGAGCAAUGGCAGGGUACACAGGCUUCAUAUGUGGGCCUGUCAAUGGAAGGCAUUCUUAUAUUCCUUUUAAUCAUAUCACUGAGAAGCAAAACAAGGUUGUGAUUACCGACAGGAUGUGGGCACGACUUCUUUCUUCAACUAACCAGCCGAGCUUCUUGAACCCCAAAGACGUCAUUGAAGUCCAAGAAGGGGAAGAGCCUCCAACUCAACUGCUAGAAGAGGAAAAUUGUAAAGACAGCAAGUUUGCAACUAAAGAUAUUCCUAGCAUGACAUGAAAACACACGAGACUCUCGCUUCUUUAGCACCUUAAGUUAUGAUCAGUGGUCUGAUGUUAUUGAUGUACCAUCCCCAGAUUGUGGAUGAGGGAAAUUCAAAUUUUGACUUCUAGUAUCUAUAGAGCAUGAUUGUUUUCUUGUAUCGAAAGAUUCUUUCUCAAUUCAACAAGUUCUAUGAAAACGAUGUCAUUGCCGACUGUUUCUGCUUCCACAGAUUUGCAUACA